AUGCGUCUUUGCCCUCUUUUUCUGGUUAUCCUUUGUGUUUGGACCACGCUGCUGCUGCUGGCCAGUAGCUGCCAGGCCGUUCGCACGCGCUUUGACCUAAGUGGCCACGAGCGUCCUGAUUCAUACUUUCUAGAGCCAACUUCCAGCGAUUCCGGCAGCGAAAACUUUGAAUACGAUGCUCAGGGCAGAAACAAGCGGGCCAAAAAUGUCUCCGUCCGACCAAGUUCCAAGCGCCAGAGAGGCAGUAGCGACCCGGAGGCUGACACGGACUUCGCUUUCUUAAAGAAGGGAGACAGUGAUAGAUGGUUCUACGAUGCUGAAAAAGUCAGUGCCGGCAAAGUCGCUCAAAAAGCCAGCAGUAGCCAUGGCGACAGAUUUAAAGGAGCUGGCGACAAUUAUAAGGAAGUCACAGAGGAUUGGGCUCGUUUCAAGAUGGUUCUGGCGUACCGCGAAAGCGGACAUGAUAGUAACAAAGAUGGUCUUUGGGAUGAGUUCAGAGAGAUCAACAAAUUCGUGGAUCAAAUGCUUGGGCCUCCAUCCACGAUGAAUGGAGACGACCUCUCUCGCCUGAAUUUCACCAAUGUGCCAUUCGAGGAGGUCAAUAAAGGGCAGAAGAACUUCGAAGACGCCUUCAAAUGCCGGAUAAUCUGCGGCUGGGCCACAAGCGACACCGAUUUCAUUGAAGGCCAAUGGCAAAUCAGCGUCGUUCGGCCGUCGCUAGUAACGGAGCAGUGGCUCAGCCGUCCGGAAGGGUUCACGGAUCUGAUCUUUUUCAACGUGCCUGUGCAUCGGGCAAAGCGUGUGCGAGACCUCAUCACCAAGCAGUCCUGGGACGGCGGUAAAGUCCCACACAUGAAAUUUUUGUUCGGCGGAACGAAGGACAAGUGUAGUCUCAGGCUCCGCGGAAAGGAUGAAGCCCGCUACGUGUACUAUUGA